UCUGUCUGCUGUGAGAAUCUGCUACAGUACCUAUCCGGCUGUCAUGGGCCAGAAGAAGAUGCUUCGCUUCUGCGCGGCCUUGAGGAUGCGCUCCUUCUCGCGGGGGUCCUCCACCAGCACGGGGCCGUUCUUGCUCGGCGGCUGCUGCUGCUUCUGGCUCAUGACGCGACGGGCGAUCUCAAACGACGCCGCCUCCGCCUGCUGACGCAUGUACCUAACACACACACACACACACACACGGGCGCAUUGAUUUGUGUGUCUUAUGUGAGCUGCGGUUAUGUGGCUAAGGGUACUUGAUGCCGAGUAUGUUGACGCCGAUGGCCUCGACGAUGGCGUGUUUGGGGUGGGGAUUGCAGAUGGGCCCCCGGUGGCACUUGUGCAGCGCCCACUUGACGAACGACUCGGGGGUCGCACAGAUCGGGCCGCGCAGGUUCUGGCACAACGGGGUCGUGAUGAAACCUGACUCACCCACCACACACACAGAGGGAGAAUGAUGAGAGCUCCGUGGACGAAUGGGCGCAUGCGUGUGUGGAUGGAAUGCCGCCUCACCGGGUGUGAAGGCGGUGAUGGUGAUGUUGUCCCUCCGGAGCUCCUCCUCUAUGGACCAGGUCCACAGCCGCAGGUAGGCCUUGGCCCCGGCAUACUCGGGCGAGCCCGGCAGCCCCGCCAGUGCGCUCAUGGACGACAUGAGCAUGAUGAGUCCGCGGCCGUUGUGCUUCAUGUAGGGCAGCACGAAACUGCAGCACAGCAGGGUCGACGACACGUUGUACUGCACGUCCCGGUACAGGAGCGACAGGGGACGCUCUGCAUUACACAAGAGUCGGGUCGGGUGACGCGGUCGGUAGGCACAUUGGCUUGGGUGUGUGAGUGGGUGUGGUGUAUGGUUACCCCGGAGCAGGGCGUGGCACAGCGAGCCCGCAGACACCACCCCGCCAGCGCAACACAGCAACACGCCUGCAGGCGGAACACACACACACACAACACAUAACCCCCACACACGCCUUUGUCGUGUGUCGCCAUGCAUCUGUCUGUGUGUGCAUACUCACUCACCGAUCUUGUCGAUGCCGUUGUCCUGCAUGAACGCCUUGAGGUUCCCCUCCACCACGCGCAUCUCCUCCAUCAGGUCGAGCCGCAGCGUCUUGACCUCCACACUCGGGAACAAAGCCCGCAGCGACCGCCGCAUCUCCUCCAUCGCACCCUCAUUGAUGUCGACCAGGAUCAAAUUCAGUCCCUUGGCCGCCAGCCGCUCCGCGAAACACCGGCCCGUGCCGCCAGCCGCCCCAGUGAUCAUACACCAGUCGCCACGGAACUUGGACAAGAAUGCGUCGCUCGAUGGCGCGAGGAAGACGUCGUACGCCCACCGGGUGAGGUUGAAGGCGCACAGGGCCACCGAGCAGACGCCUAUCGUCGCGAAUGCCGGGACCACAUAUGACGACAGCAUGGAUGCCGACGUCAUGAUGGAUGGAUGGUGCUGAUGCUGAUGCUCGGGUCGGCUCGACUCUACUCGGCCUCUCAACAAAUGCUGUUUCUCGGU